AAUGCCGAUGCCCAUGUCAGCUGGUUGUUAAUAUAUAGCGGAAACAAGAAAAAUCGUUCUAUACCGAGCGUGACUCCUUUAUGGUCUUGAUCUGCUCAUACUAUGUCAAUUCUGCUGGCUCAAACCUCCAAUCACUCUGUCGCAACGUCCACCUCUUUGAUAUCCCCACGUCAGACCGAUUCGUCCAGCAAGCCAUUGGCCGAGUCCGGCGCCUCAGACAGCGUCGGAUUAUGAAAGUAUACGACUACUUCCUGGAAAACUCUUUCAAAACGCGCCAGCUCACCUUGAACCUAAACAAGCUGGAACACCGUUGGUAUGCAGUGAUUUUACCGUCUUUUGGCGUAUACAAAUUCCUGUCAUUGCUACUAGAAAGCGCACCGAGAAUAUAAUGUAAUACCGGACAUGAUCCGCUACUCUCGGGUCCCCAUUCAGCGAGUUCCUCUGCGGGUGUUUGAAGAUGCCCUGUCUACGAGGGCACACUGGCACCCGUUGAAAACUGGUGCGUUUUUUCGAGAAAGCGAAAGCUAUCAGAGCAGGAUAUGGCCACUCCGGAGUUGAUCCUUGUCGACGUGCUCAGCAGUUAUGUGUUUUA